AUGCCGUUCGGUAAAAUUGAACCGUUUGAUCUUUUCGGGGGAAAGUGGUCAUUAUAUGUUCGAAGAGUAGAACAAUUUAUAUUUUUAAAUGAAAUCAAAAGUACGCAUAAAGUGGCUACGUUGGUGACGUUGGUAGGUGAACGCACCUAUAAUUUAAUGUGUGACUUAUGUGCACCAAACAAACCGGAAGAGAAAACAUUUGAAGAAUUAGUAACAAUAGUAAAAAACCAUUUAGAACCUCAACGUUCAAUAUACGUGGAGCGGGAAGUGUUUCGACAGCGAAAACAAAAAGCUGGGGAAUCCAUACUAGAAUUUUUGCAGCAGUUAAAGCAUUUAGCAACGGAAUGUAAGUUUGGGCAAAAUCUAGAAGAAAAUCUAUGUGAACAGUUCCUUACUGGAUUACGAAGCACGGAUAUUAAAGCUAGAUUGCUGGUCGAGACUAAUUUAACAUACAAGAAGGCGGUGGAGCUAGCUCUAGGAUUAGAAGCUGCGGAGAAGCAUGUGGACAGAGUGAGCGGCCGCAAUAGUUUGGGCGGUGCAUAUUCUGGGGACUUCGGCAGCAAUAUAGGUGCAGGCGCAGGCAGCGCGGCCGGCUCAGGCGGCGCGGCCGGCUCGAGCGCGGCCGGUGGCAGCGGCGAGGCGGGCGGCGAGGCGCUGCACGCGCUGCGUGGCGGACCAGCAGGCCGGGCCAGGCCGGCGGCCUCUUCGGCGCUUUGCUGGCGCUGUGGGAAGCCUCAUCGGGCAGAUAAGUGUCGUUAUAAGCAGUAUAAUUGUGAUUUGUGUUUACGUAGAGGGCAUUUGAAGGUGAUGUGUAAAGCGGCCAACAAAACGGCCGAAAAACGCCAUAAUUUUAUGAGUGAUGACUCGGAAAGUGAAAUGUACAAUAUACGGGCGGUUGCAAGCGGAGACAAGCCGUUUUUUAUUAAUGUUAAAAUAGGGAAUAAAAUACUAAAAUGUGAGUUAGAUACCGGUAGCAAAAUCUCGGCUAUUAGUGAAAGAUGUUACAAUAGUAUGUUUUCGAAUUAUACGAUUUUGAAAGAUGAAAUUAAAUUAUGCUCAUACUCGGGCUCGCGAAUUGAACCGAUCGGGUUUAUAUUAGUAGAUGCAUGUAUCGAGGACAAUCAUCAACAAAACUUACAAUUGUACAUAAUAAAAAAUGGGAGUCGUCCCUUGUUAGGUAGGAGUUGGAUUCAAAAAUUUAAAAUAAAUGAAUUAUGCAUUAAUAACAUUUUACAAGAUGAUAGUGAUAAUGAGUAUCGCGAUCGGUUCAUAAACGAGUUAAAGACAGAAUAUUCUUCGGUAUUUACGGACAAGUUGGGCGAAUGUAAGAAACAAAUUCGUUUACAGCUCACAGAUAACAAACCGGUUUUCGUUCGCGCCCGGCCGGUACCUUUAGCAUUGCGAAGCGCAGUGGAGAGAGAAAUUAAGCGUUUAGAAAAGGAAGGAUCGAUCUAUCCGGUUGAACAUUCGGACUAUGGUACACCAAUAGUUCCAGUUAUUAAGCCAUCGGGGGAUAUUAGGUUAUGCGGGGACUACAAAUCGACUAUUAACCCAAAAUUAAAAAUGGAUCAUUAUCCGCUGCCGCGCAUCGAAGAAUUAUUUGCAGCCUUGAGCGGUGGUCAGGAAUAUUCUAAAAUUGAUCUGACGACCGCGUAC